UGUACGAUUUCAUUUUUAUUGCAGCUAUUCCGUGGCAACUACGACCGUUACAUCGUGGUAACACACACCCUUAACAAACCAUUUGUUGCUCGAUAUGUUCGUGUUCACCCCAGAGCGUAUCGUGGAUGGAUGUCUAUGAGGGUUGAGUUCUUCGGAUGUAUCAUCGGUCUGUACCUUUUAUAUGUAAUAUCAAACACGAAAAACCGUGUUAUUGACAUGCGAGUACCGAUGAAGGUGACAAGUGUUGCGACUCAAGGAAGAAGUGAUGCUAGUCAGUGGGUGACGAAAUAUAUGCUGUCGUAUAGUAUUGAUGGAGCACAUUACACCAUUUAUUGGUCACAAGGAAGACCUUGGUAUUUCCUUGGAAACCGUGAUAGGAACACUAUCAAGCAGCACAGACUCUUCCCAGUCGCCCGCGCGAGAUUCAUACGUUUUCUACCCAGAGGGUGGUACAGACACAUUUCCAUGAGAGUUGAACUCAAUGGCUGUCCAGCUGGACUCUCCGACUUCUCAGGACGCUGUGCUCUUCCACUUGGCUUGGAGGAUAAACGAAUCGUAGACGGAGCCCUUAGUGCCUCGACAUACUACAAUCACCACUUGGCGCCAUGGCUGGGACGAAUCAACUCUAUCCGCUCUUGGAGCGCACGUGUUAAUAAUGCUCGACAGUGGCUUCAGAUAUGCCUCGGUAAUAUUGCACGUGUUACAGGAAUUGUAACACAAGGCAGACGAGAUGCUCAUCAGUGGGUGACUCGGUAUGUGUUGUCCUAUGGAGAUGGGUCCAUCUUUAAAGCUUACAGGGAAAGGAGGAAAGUUAGGAUGUUCCGUGGUAACUCAGACAGAAAUUCGAUCGUAUCAUAUACCUUGUUGCGACCAUUCAGAGCACAGUAUGUCCGUAUUCACCCUAAAGCCUGGAGAAGUCACAUAUCCAUGAGGGCUGAACUUUACGGAUGUCAGAGAGGUACGAUUAGAAAUUAUCAGUCUUGUGGAGAACUGACAAGAGUUUGUAGCUAUCCUCUUGGCGUCCAGAGCGGUCGCAUCAAAAAUGCUCAGAUUACUUCAUCAUCCAUGUGGGACCGCUACCACGCACCAUUCCUUGGACGACUGAAGCGCGUGCGCACUGGUCGGUACGUGGGAGGCUGGGCAGCCAGACACAACAAUCAUCACCAAUGGAUUCAGUUUGAUAUGCGCCGCAUCUACAAGAUCACCAUGUUAUCAACACAAGGAAGGAAAAUUGUCAAACAGUGGGUGACACGCUAUACGCUUGCACACAGUGUGGAUUGCGUGCACUUUGUACCUUACAAACAAAGAGAUCGACUGAAGUACUUCGUUGGAAACUAUGACGGAGCUUCAAUCGUCACGAGGACAUUGACUCCACCAAUGACAGCACGGUGUGUUCGUAUUCACCCUCGUGGUUGGUACAGACAUAUCUCCAUGAGAGUUGAACUACACGGCUGCACACCAGAAGAACAGAAAGCGGACAAUGUAAAAGCUAUCUGCACAAUUCUCAUUGCUUAUUGGCACAUGUUGAAAGUAACCGUAGUUCAUUCAUAUUCUUCUUUCUUUGUUCCAGAGCGUUGUGACAUCCCUCUUGGCUCAGAAGACGGCCGCUUGCCCGACGUCGUUUUCACCGCUUCCUCCAUCUACAACGCCCAUUAUGCCGCUUAUCAAGGCAGGCUAAAUGCCAUGCGCAGUGGCUCGAAAUUUGGUUCAUGGAUUGCACGGUACAACAACAGACGGCAGUGGUUCCAGAUUGACCUCGGAAACAAAGCAAUCGUGAUUAAGAUUGGAAUUCAAGGACGAUAUGACGCUAAUCAGUGGGUGAAGAGUUACACAAUUGCUUACGGGAUGAACGGAUUUCAUUUCCGCUUCUACAAGGAAGGGGGGAGAACAAGGGUUUUCCAAGGAAACUCUGAGAGGCAGAUAGUGGUUAUCAGUCGCUUCCGGACACCGAUUCGUGCUCGCUUUGUAAAACUUUAUCCCAGAACUUGGCAUGGUCAUAUUUCUAUGAGACUUGAGUUGUAUGGCUGCAGUAAAGGUAAAAAUACUAAAUGUUGGGAAAAAAACUUGUCACUUCGUAAGUGAACCCAUUUUA